AUAAAUAGUGAGGUUUGGCAGUGGCCAUGAGAGUCACUCCUGCCUUCACCAUGAAGUCCAGCGGCCUCUUCCCCCUCAUGGUGCUUCUUGCCCUGGGAACUCUGGCACCUUGGGCUGUGGAAGGCUCUGGAAGGUCCUUCAAAGCUGGAGCCUGUCCUCCUAAGAAAUCUGCCCAGUGCCUUAGAUAUGAGAAACCUGAGUGCCAGAGUGACUGGCAGUGUCUAGGGAAGAAGAGAUGUUGUCCUGACACUUGUGGCAUCAAAUGCCUGGAUCCUGUUGACACCCCAAACCCAACAAGGAGGAAGCCUGGGAAGUGCCCAGUGGCUUAUGGCCAAUGUAUGAUGCUUAACCCCCCCAAUUACUGUGAGAAGGAUGGCCAGUGCGAGCGUGACUUGAAGUGCUGCAUGGGCAUGUGUGGGAAAUCCUGCGUUUCACCUGUGAAAGCUUGAUUCCUGCCAUACGAGGAGGCUCUGGAGUCUUGCUCUGUGUGGUCCAGGUCCUUCCCACCCCCAAACUUGGCUCCACCACUGCUAUCCUCCUUUGGGGAAAGGCUUGGCACACAGCAGCCUUUCAAGAAGUGCCAGUUGAUCAACGAAUAAAUAAACAAGCCUAUUUCUCUUUGUA